UUUUUUUUUCUCUCCUCGAGGGGACGAUACGUGGCGUGGUAUACCUAAUCGUUUGGUGUCAACGAGACGUACGUAAGUCGACAUAGCUCCAUGUAUAUGUUCUUUGGAGCUAGAACCCAUAAAUAGAAUGAAAUGAAAUAAUGGUGAGCCUAGGGCGACGAACAUAACAUGGCUCAAGGGUGUCUAUACAAAGCCCUUCUCUUCUUCAUUAAUAAAGAGGCAAUGCACUCUUUGAAUGGUACUUGAUUCAUAAAGAAUGAAUCUUUUGGUUAGAAGUUAUACGGACUUUAUAAAAGGAAAUGCCACACGGAGCGUGUUACGAGAUAUGGGGCGUUCUAUUCUAAUCGAAGGGUCAUACCUCUCGGCCGGCCCUCUUACGGUAAGGUCAAUGCACCAGCCAGCCAGUGUGGUGGCGAACACGCUGUGCUGUAAGCUAAACUGUUCACCUUGUAGACAGAGGAGAUAUAGAAAGUGUGCCGCGCGCGAUUCAUAAGAUUUUAUAGUAGCACCAGUAUAUUAUUUUAUUUAACUUAGCCUGCCUCUCCCAUCAUGACUUUUCGAACCAACCAACUCGGAUCUGCCCUCGCAAGUCUCUAUGCAUUUUGGGAACAGAGCAUGCAAAAUCGAGCAAUGGAUCUUAGAAGAAUUCAACUUUGAACGGCACGACUCUUUCUAUUUUUGCGCUGGCAUUUGAGUUGUCUCCCCUCCUCUUUCAAUCGACACACUCGACUAGAUAGCUCCGGUGGCCCGGCUUUUGCCUCUAUCAGGCGGCGACAGCCCCUACCCUCCCCUAGCACGCUUCCCCAAGAACCCAUUUUUCAGGAUUCGGCAGGCCCGUAAAAAAAAUGGGGAUACUUCCCAAAAAAACCAAGGGAGGCGGCAGCCCCCACCUCCACAGCCACAGCAUGGAGGAGCAGCUCCUUAAUCCGCACUACAACCAAUCCAAAUUUUCUCCAGAUCGAUAUAUGAUGAUGCUAAACCGAGACCAAGAUAGAGAGAGAGGGCUGCCCCUUUGUUGGCUCUUCGAGGCAAAAGCACUCAUAGGAAUGGUGCUAAUUCCCAUGUUCCUUCUAGUCUCGUUUGGUUUCGAGAGCCUCCCCCUCCCCGUCCUUACUCGUCUUUUGAAAGCCGUCAUCCUGGAUUUUUUUUCGUAUGCCGGGUAAAGUUCCUCACCUUUCCAUAUCUAUAUAAAUUAUUCCAUUUUUCCUCGGGUCUCUCUAUAAAACAGAAUGAAAAGCCCGGGUGGAAGCACAAACAAAAAGAGAGAGGAAAAGUCAAAAGGGGGGAAGAAGUCUAGUGCUAGUUCUUACUGAAACUUCUUUAUCUAACUUUCAUUUUUGAGUGGUUUCUUUGUUCUCUUAUUUGGAGAAAGACAAAACUUCCCUUUCUUCCUCUUCUUUCUUUUUUCUUUCUUCGACGAAUUUCGGUUAUGACCAAUGCCCCACUAGCUGAAUAGGCGUAAGAAAGCUACCUGAAAAAAGGCAAGGGUCCGAAGGAGACGAAUUGCCUUUUGCCAGAGAGAUUUUUUUAGAAAUUGGAUAAAGAAUUCAAAAAUAGAAAGAAUCUAAAUAAAGGGCCGAAGGGAAGGGGGCCCACUACUUCUUCAUUCAGGGGGGAGACUAGCCUCAUUACUUCCCACUGGGCGAGAGGUGGACCUAAGCCACCUACCCACUCAUCAAUCACGGUCUUCAGCUGACUUGCACUGAUAGACCCCUAUUGUAUUGGAAUUAGGCGCCCAUCUUUUUACUGUUGUCAACUAAUCUCUUCAAUCUUCGAUUCUACUCUAUGUUAGAACAUUUCUGUGAAUGCUAUUCUGAUCUAAGUGGUCCUAUUCUAUGUCCCGUGCUAGGAAGCAUUACUCCUCUUUUCAUUCCAAAUUCAAGAAUACGACCGAUACGAUUGAUUGGUCUGUGUGCCUCUCUUAUUACUUUUUUGUAUUCCCCUGUUCUUCGGAUACAAUUCGAUCCUUCUACGGCCAAAUCUCAAUUUGUGGAAAGCCUUCGAUGGCUUCCUUAUGAGAACAUAAAUUUUUAUUUGGGUAUAGACGGUAUCUCUUUAUUCUUCGUGAUAUUGACCACAUUUCUGAUCCCUAUUUGCAUUUCAGUGGGUUGGUCUGGUAUGAGAAGUUAUGGGAAAGAGUAUAUUACAGCAUCUCUAAUUCGUGAAUUUCUAAUGAUCGCCGUGUUCCGCAUGCUGGAUCCUCUACUAUUCUAUGUUCUUCCCGAAAGCGUGCUAAUCCCUAUGUUCAUUAUUAUAGGGGUAUGGGGUUCGAGACAAAGAAAGAUCAAGGCAGCAUAUCAGUUUUUCCUUUAUACUUUACUUGGAUCUGUUUUUAUGCUAUUAGCUAUUCUCUUGAUUCUUCUCCAAACAGGAACCACCGAUUUACAAAUAUCAUUAACCACAGAAUUUAGUGAGCGGCGCCAAAUCUUUCUAUGGAUUGCUUCUUUCGCCUCUUUCGCCGUCAAAGUGCCUAUGGUACCAGUUCAUAUUUGGUUACCCGAAGCUCAUGUAGAGGCACCUACGGCAGGAUCCGUCAUCUUGGCAGGAAUUCCUUUAAAAUUGGGAACCUACGGCUUUUUAAGAUUUUCAAUACCCAUGUUUCCCGAAGCGACACUUUCUUCCACUCCUUUCAUUUAUACUCCAAGCGCGAUUGCUAUAAUAUAUACUUCCUUGACCACUUCAAGACAGAUCGAUCUUAAGAAGAUCAUUGCUUACUCCUCAGUAGCCCAUAUGAAUCUGGUGACUAUUGGUAUGUUUAGUCCGAACAUACAGGGAAUUGGAGGUAGCAUUCUACCGAUGUUAAGUCAUGGACUGGUUUCUUCAGCCCUUUUUCUAUGUGUUGGUGUUCUAUAUGACCGACAUAAGACUCGACUUGUUAGAUAUUACGGAGGUUUAGUGAGCACCAUGCCGAAUCUCUCUACCAUUUUCUUCUCUUCUACUUUGGCCAAUAUGAGUUCACCUGGUACUAGCAGCUUUAUUGGGGAAUUUCUCAUCUCAGUAGGAGCUUUCCAAAAAAAUAGCUUAGUAGCCACAUUAGCAGCGCUUGGGAUGAUUUUAGGCGCGGCCUAUUCCCUUUGGCUAUAUAAUCGUGUGGUUUCUGGAAAUUUAAAACCCGAUUUCCUCCAUAAAUUCUCCGAUUCAAAUGGCAGAGAAGUUUCCAUAUUUAUACCUUUUCUUGUUGGACUUGUUUGGAUGGGUGUUCACCCCAAAGUGUUCCCGGACUGCAUGCAUACAUCCGUAAGUAACUUAGUGCAACAUGGCAAAUUUCAUUGAGAGGAAUCAGCAAAGAAAAGAAAAACGGAUCAA